UGUCAUUGUGAUAUAACACAAUCCGAGUCAAUUCGAGCCUUCGCCUCGUGUACUUCACCGAUAUAGUGCGCGCGUGCGUGACCAACGGCGGUGUGCCCUCGACACCACGGGCCGGGAGUAACAUGGCGACUGGCCGGCGUGGUUUAGUCGAUUUGCGACCAUCGGCGCGUGUAGAUCAAUGAGAGAGGACCGACGACAGUUGAGUGACAGUUCUUCUCACAUAAGCUCCUCUGAAAAAGAGAGAGGGAGAGAGAGGAAGGGAGGAAGCAAUUGUCCAAAUUCGUGGAACCGUGAUGCAAGAUUUCGAAAUCAUAUAAGAAUUCUCACAUCAAUGGCGCCGACUAUUUGCAUAGCAGAAUUUCCAAUGGCGGGGACCACCGUUAGCACAAAUAUUCAUCGCCGGCGAAGAUCUCAAAAUGGCACGAAACGACGGAGAUUCGCGUUGGAAGAGAUGUUGCGAACCGGAACAAUUGUUGAGACGUUUCUGCCAUCCCGCGAAAAUUGUUCACGGAGACUCGACUGCGCGGAUGCGGUUUCGGAUUGCUCCAUCGCAGACAAAAGCGGAAGAUGCUCGACGAAUAUGGACGAGCAUUACAGAAGACUCGUCGCGGAAAGAAGAAAAGAUCUCUUGAGCAUUGUCAUACGCACAAUAAUUCUCGUACGGCGCAAUUGUAUCCUUCAGAGGCGCUUAAACGCACUGCGGGCGGAAACGCGAAGAUUCCUCCGCUCCGUGUUAAAUAAUCCGGAAAAUCAACGUCAACAACGAAGUCCGCAAAUGCCAUCAAAUUCGGAGGACUCGUCAUUCGCAGAGAAAAUCGUCACGACGUUCGUAACAUCUCCGCUUAACCUUAAUUCGACGAGAAAUUCAUUUCACAGAGUCACCUCCAUUCGUGAUAAUCACGAUUACAUUAAUGAGGAAUCAAGUUCGUCGGAUAAAUCCGAAGAUUCAUGCAGCGGUGAAAAAUGUUGAUUCUUUUUUUUUUCAAAACCCGAAGAUUAAUAAUUUCGCAACCGAUGUAUGAAUAGAUAGGGAGUCACUUAAGCGUUCCUCUCCAUCUACUCUGCAUAUGUAUAGACAUACGUUUAACUUUAGACAUAUUUUAAUAUAUUUCUUUUCAAGAGGAGAUUCUGACGUAGACUCUUCUCCUGUUCUGCGUAAUAUAUAACGUUAAAAAAACCGAAUAUAUAUUGUAUUGAAAUAUAUUUUUGAACAAGAUUGUUCUGUAAGGCCUCAGUGUCUGGAAUUCAAGAUAUCAUUAAUUGUCACAUAAGUGAUAGUCCAAAAUCAAUCUUAGAACUUAUAAAUCGUUAACUUUUUUGUGAAAUUUGGAAUUUUUGUUCGUUGAAAAAAAUUGUCGCGGUAAUUCGAAUGGAAAAAAAUGAGAACGAAGUUCAACUUUAGAGGCUAAUAAACGAUGAGAUUAAUACUUGCAAGGAAUAUUUAAUAAAUAAUUUUCAGUGAGAGAGUAAAUUUUAAUGGAGUUCUGAUUUGAGAUGCGAUUACGAAGAUGUGUUGUAAGGCGUGAGAAAUUAAGGAUGAUGACGUUCCUUGAUGUCGUUAAGGAAAAGCGAUUUCUGAUUACUUCCAAUCUUACAGAGGAAGCAACGCUAUAUAUCCAGUUGUUGUUGCUAUUCUGGUAUUCUCUCUGCCUUCGUAUUCACGUUGCAAUAUCUAGAGCAUCGCGAUAGAGAUUUUACUGUACGCAUAGAUCGCUUUAUUAACAAGUUCGAUCCGAGAGUUUAGACUAAGGAAUUUAAUACCGCGCUGAAAGAGUGAAGGUUUCAAUGAGAGAUGAGCCAUUUUGCUAUGCGCAGAAAUACCUUUUCGAUUACACAAGACAAAGGAGAUCUCGAUGUAAUCACGUCUUAUUACACAAUUACUUUUGAGUAAUGAAAAAAAAAUUAUUCUCAAACAUCAAUAUAUAUAUGGCAGAAUUCGCGCACAUUUUCUUUUCCAACGCAGAGGCUCCCGUUGCUUGAGAUAUCGAAGCAAAUGAGAGAGAAGGCUGUUUCUCUUGAACGCAAAAGCUGAGUGUCGGCGAUUAAAAGAAAUGAAAAACUGUGUUAAGUGUCAAGUCUGUGCACUACUAAUAAUCUUUGAAAAAAACAUCAGAUACUUAGUAAACUUUUAAGUGGCACGAGCGUUUAAUAAAGUGAUAGCUUCGAGUAGUAUAAGAUACGGGAGAAACGUCAUACCUAUAAGUCUAGUUUAUUAGGAUUAUAGUAAUUAAGCUAUCCCUUACGUGGGUAUUUCGCAUGUUCAUUGUAAAAGACAGAGUGAAUGUUACGAAGUCAGUUUAAUAAUUGUCCGCUGAUGUGAAGUAAAGUAAUGAAUAAUGUUAUAACGAGACACGUAAUUCGGAAAUGAUUUACAAGUAAAAACACUCUCUUGAAUGAAAUUAUCCUAAAUGCUAAUUUAUCUUUCUGGUAAUCUUUUUCCAUUUAUAAAAAAAAUCACGGAAAUGUUAUGUCGCAUGCUGUUUCGUCUGCACUUAUAUAUAUCAUGUAAAAUCAUUUUUAGAAUGUUGGAACGUCCCGGAAAUAUUUCUGAUAUUCUUGAUAGAUUAUAUAAAUAUAAAA